GUAUAAAGCUCAUCCAACACAUCCAACCAUCAGGUAGAUCACGUUGCAGUUUCGUUUCCUUCUGCUCGGAUUACAUUCAUAAGAACUAGAUCCAGUGAAUAACUUUUCAUUGGUUCACAGCUUCAGAAGUGUCCACUUGCAUCAGAUUCAUUGUUUACUGCCUGUCGUUUCCUGUGAGAAAUGUCGACACAACCCUUGGUAGACUGGGACAGUGGAUUCUGUGACUGCUUUGAGGACGCAAGUACCUGUUGCUAUGGCUUCUGGUGCUGCCCAUGCCUUGCUGGCACGGUUUCGGGACAAUUUGGAGAGAAUCGUUGUCUCCCACUAUGUGACGUGUGCAGCCCGGCCGUGUUGGCAGCCUGUGGGAUACCUCUGUUUGUGCCUCCUGCCGUCCUGACUAUGAGGGUUGCCAUGCGAAACAGAUAUGGGAUCAAGGGAUCUAUCUGUAAGGACAUUGCCAUUUCCUGUUGCUGCGGAUGGUGCUCCUGGUGUCAGAUGCAUCGGGAGAUAAAGCAUCGCAAAAAGGCUCCUGUUGUUGUCACUGUGCAGCAACCAACUGUUUUCCAAAUGCAGCCCGCUCCAGUAAUGAUGGCUGCUUACCCUCCCCAAGCCGGAUUUGUGAACUAUCCAGGUACAGUUACUAUCUCAAACUGAGCUUUGUGGCCUCAUUAGUCUGGUGUGUUUUCAUAGCUUAGAUAAGGUUGAUUAUUUAGUUAAACUGAAAUACUAAUACUAUGUAUUUGCAGGUGAUGAUUAAAGAUCAUUAAUAACUCAUAUUGUUGACUAGCGACUAAAGUUAUUUCAAUUUUAGACAAAAGAUCUCUGCAUUUAUUUUUUAAAUCCUCAUUCGUAAAUUUAUCCAAAACGUUUCUGUGGUGUUUGUCCAAAGACGGUUCGGUUUGUCCUUAAGUGGAAAAACGUGUGGAACGCAGCAAAAUUGACAAAAGGCUACCGUAUGAUGGUAUGGGACACGCCAUUAGAUGCUACGAACUGAAGCAACACAGUCAUAAUGAUGUUACUCUCACUACACUGAGCUCAUCCACUGCUGCAGAGAAUUUUGGCAGAUGAAGAAGAAAAACUGGUUCCCUGACGAAUGUAUUCCAACAGUAAACAUCUAGCUUUCACGUCUCACUUUUGACUUCUCACUCACAUUAGUUUACUAAUGAUGUCCAAUACAUUUUCUUUUUGGAAAAUAAAUUUAAAUUUGAGAUAUUUCUUUAUCUUGUUGUGUGUAACUUUGUUAUGUAGUGUAAAUGCUAACAACAUAACUUACAUUUAUUUAUAUAGCCCAAUAUCACAAAUUAAGUCAAACUUUGCUUCAGAGGG